AUGAUGUUUGGUAAUUUGAGAGAAAAAUUGCACAACGUCGUUCAAGAAGGACUGUCAGCAAGCUUAAGAGGAUUGUCUGUGAAUGAAGUUAUUGUUGCACAGUCUCCUAGUGAACAUCCUGUUAAUUAUGAUGCUGGUGCGGAUCUAUUGCAUAAAUAUCAGACUGAAUGGAAUCAGCUGCACUUAUUAGCCGAAGACAAUGCCCAUAAAGCUGAGGAAGUCAAUGAAAUGAUUAGUCUUCUACAUCAUCAAAUGAGUGAACAGUGGAAAAAAAUGGAUACAAUCACAUCGUGCAUGGAUUCAAUGCCACAAUUAGUAAAGAGUAUUGAAAAUGCCAUGAAAGACAUGGAAAACAUUAAAUUAUUGAUAAAUGAUGUGGAACACCAGCUGUUGAAGCUAGAUGAUGUAGUCGAGGAACAGGAACUUCAAGAACAGAUGUUGAACGAGCGGUUUCAAUUGGCUGUUUACCGAUCAAAAAAACUUAAAGAAUUAGAAAAAAUUAGUGGUGAGUUAGAAGCUGAUCACAAAGAGAAAGUAACAGAUUUAGAACAAAAGAUAAACAUCAAACUCAAAGAAAGACAGGAAAUUUUCAACCAAGUAUUUCAACAAGAUAUGCGACAGUAUAUUAUAUCAGGCAUGAUUCCCGUGAUGAAGAGUUCAAGCAAUGGUGGACGUGAUGAAGUUUCACUUGAAGACAUCGAAAUAGAGGACGACACAGAUGCACUAGACGAACUUCUAAAUUCUUGA